UGUUUCAUUUGAGCCCAUCCUGGGUCCACUAGAAAACAAUGGCACCCUGACUGGGUGUAAAGCGUGAAUGAAUCCCCUUGAGCUUUUCAACAACAUCUACAGACAUUACAAAGUCGGGGGGGAAAAAACUCAGCGGGGAAUUUGUAUUUGAUUUACAUGAUACAAUUCUUAAAACGCAUUAAAAAAAAAAAAAACAAUGGUGUGCGUGCGCGACACAGUAAUAACGCAUAACGCACAUACAUCCACAGAAAAACGUGUAAAAUAUGACUAUGAUUGAUAUCUAGAUCACUGACAUUAUCAUUUAGGCUAGAUAAGACAGAAUAAGUCAGAUAGGUAUUAUCGAGCAAUAAGAAUAGAAUAGGUAUAGAAGUAAUCUCUGAUUAAAGCUUCUCCAAAGACAAAUAAUGGCGCACACUACCCUGCUAGAAAAAAAAAGUACGCCUUAAGACUGUAGCAUAGCUCCCGCACAAUCUCCAGUAGUCUGCGGUUUCGGAUGUAGCACCACGCCACUUUCGGUUUAUUAAGCUUGACUCACUCGAGUCACGUGCCUCGACGUCAACGUAGCAGAGGUGACGUCGAGGCACCAGAAUCGUACCAGAAUCGCGCGGAAUGAAGUUGUCAUUUCAAGCUCGGGAGCUCUCGCGGUGCGCAUUAAUCCAGACCCGUGUGGUGUGUGUGUGUGUGUGUGUGAGUGCGUGCGUGUGUGCGUGUGUGUGCGCGCGCGCGCGCGCGUGCGUGUAUGUGUAUAUGUGUGUACGGAGCAUGCCGUCCAGAGCGCUUGAACCGACCUGCGAAGGAUCCGCUCAGUCAUGGGAGUGCAUUACCUCGCCCGUGCGAUUUCCGCCAUCAAUAAUUUAAUCUAUUUGCUCCAAAGCUGAAGAGACUGACGACAACUCGGCGCUGCUGCUUGGCAGAAAAAAAAAGAGAGAAAAAAAAAACCAGCGCGAGGAAUUAAAGCUUGGGGGGGAAACGCGUGAGGGGUUUGCGCGCGCUGGGGGACUUUUUUUGAUCCAAAAAAACAUCCCAGAUGACACUGUCCCGCUGAAUGGUCUCCCUUUAGAACUGGACAAUAAAAUAAAGUUCCAACAGGUCAGAAGAGUGAUGACCAUCCUGUUCCUUACUAUGGUUAUUUCAUACUUCAGUUGCAUGAGAGCUGCGCCCAUGAGAGAGGUGCCGGGCGUUGUGGGGGGCCACCGAGCCGAGGGCUACCUGGGGGCCGCCCGGGGCCAUGGGACUCCACCGAGCGGGGGAGCUCUGCCCUCGCUCACGGACACGUUCGAGCAGGUGAUCGAGGAGCUACUGGAAGUGGAGGGGGAGGCAGCACAGGGCCAGGGAGGGGGGGGCCCCGGCAACGCAGCAACGGCCGAGUCAAAGGACGUCGACACGUAUGCAUCGCGUGUGAUGAUCAGCAACCAAGUGCCUUUGGAGCCGCCGCUGCUCUUUCUCUUGGAGGAAUACAAAAACUACCUGGAUGCCGCCAACAUGUCGAUGCGGGUGCGGCGCCACUCGGACCCGGCGCGGCGUGGCGAGCUCAGCGUGUGCGACAGUAUUAGCCAGUGGGUGACGGCCGUGGACAAAAAGACGGCUAUCGACAUGUCCGGCCAGACCGUCACCGUGCUGGAGAAGGUCCCGGUGGCCAAUGGGCAGCUGAAGCAAUACUUUUACGAGACCAAAUGCAACCCGCUGGGUUACACGAAGGAGGGCUGCCGAGGAAUAGACAAGCGGCACUAUAACUCGCAAUGCCGGACAACCCAAUCGUACGUGCGAGCCCUCACCAUGGAUAGCAAACGGAAGAUCGGCUGGAGGUUUAUACGGAUAGACACUUCGUGUGUAUGCACAUUGACCAUUAAGAGGGGGAGAUAGUGUACACAAUGUAUAGAUUUUAUUGAGAGUUCUAACAAGAGAGAAAGAAAAAGAGUAAAUAUCUAUUUGUAUAUAUACAUAACAGGGUAAAUUAUUCCGUCAGAUGAAAAUUUUAUGGACUGCAUGUAAAAAAGAUGAAGUUUAUACAGUAAAGUGAUACUACAGUCUAUUUAUUGAACAUAUUCAUGACCUUGUAAACAAUUAAAAAAAGAUCUGAUCAGU